CGCCGUCCCGUGUGCCGCCGACAGCGCCGUCGCCCGUCGCCGGAACCCGCCGUGACGCGUCUGUGGGUUGACGACAGCGACGAUCGGAGGGAUGGUAGUGGCAAUGGGUUUGAGAGUUUUAACGGCGGUAGAGGGGGGUUGUGCGAUGAACGUAGAAGGGUUGCGCGGGAAAGACGGGGAGACGUGCCCCGUGUAUCGGCAGCACUCGUCCGGGCCCGGGACAUUCAUCAGGCGACGCCGGUAGAGCACUGGUACGCUUGAAUGUUCGCGCGCGCUCGUCGACAUACUGAAAAAAUAUUAUAUAAUAUUGCAAGGCGCAUUACCGUGCACAGUCGACCAUCGGCGACUCCGUCACACUUCCGUAUUCCGAAUUACCGGACCAUAUAGUAUUGUACAGUCAUCGUCUAAAUACUACAAUACUACUACAUUACAUCGACCGACAUCAUGUCUUCUGCAGUGGUCUGCAUGUUUUACUUGCGCGGCGCUUGCCGGUUCGGCAACAAGUGUUGGAACUCACACGACGUGACGGGUUGCCGAACGCGCGAGUUUCAAGCGCUCGCGGCAGCCGCAACGGCAACCUAUUACGAAGAACGUUAUCCACAAACUACUCCAAGUACUAGUGCUAACGACAUAUCUACGCAAAAAGUACAACCAGACAUAUCUACUCAAAAAGUACAACCACAAGGGCUUCAGCUUCUUCUUGAAGCAUCAAUGAAACCGAAAUUAAAACAGCCUGACGAGUCUGAUGUAGAAUUGGAAAAGGCGGCUAACGAACUGUCUGUGGCAAUGAAAUCAGGGGAUGGCAAAAGCGUAAAAGAGAGUGCAAAUAAAUUACAUACACUUCAUCAACAAAAAAUUAAAGACAGUGAAAAUAACCAUUCAGCGUGGAGUGAUUUUAUACAGUGUGCCAUUGACAGUGAUCUACAGUGCAAUAUUUGUUUUGAACUCUUUAUUAAGCCGACAGUGCUUAACUGCUCACACACUUUUUGUGAAACAUGUAUACAUGUUUGGACAAACCGAUCAAGAAAAUGUCCAAUUUGUCGUGUACAAAUUAGAUCAAAAUCAUAUUGUUUGACUUUGGAUAGCUUCAUUGAGAAGAUUGUUGAACAUUUACCAAAGGAAUUUAAAUACAAGCGCAGUUUAGCAAUAAAAGAGCGUAGCAAGAUAAAAAUCGAUAAACCUCGAGUGAAUCAUAGAUUACAAACUAGAGAUCUUGCCACAUUAAUAAGUUUUGAAGAGCUAAUGGAGGCUGACACACCUCUACAAUACAUCACGAUGGACCAACAUGAUGAUAUCAGUGCAGAUGUUAUCAUCGAAGAAUCAGAAAUGUUCAGAAUGAAUUUACACGAUACAGUUGUAAGCACCGGAGGUAUAAACCCUCUAAUGAGUUAUAUUGUUGUUCCCGAUGAACAACACUCAAAUAGACCUAUAACUCGGCCCAAUAACUCUUCCAUUCGUCACUAAAUUCAACCACUUCGUAAAUGUUUAUUUUUAUUAUUAUUAUUUAAUCAUAGAACAUUAUUACCUAUCACAUUAAUUUUUAAAUUUAUUAUUAUUUUUCUUAGUAUUAUAAAAUGCUUAUAUAAUUACGAAAAACUACUAAAUAUAUAUAGUUAUAUACUCUUCUAUAUAUAUAUAUAUACAUUUUUAUAAUAUCUACCUAGUGGUGUACCCAUAUAAAACUUUUGUAGGAGAGAGAUCAGUGGUAUAAAUUUAAAAAGUAUAUUGUAUUAACAUCUCAUAAAUAAGUUUAGUAGAUAUGCAGAAAAAUUAUUAUAUGUGAGAUUCAAGCCACCCAAAUUUGAAGGCCGAAUUUAAAGUACACUUAUGUUUAUAUGCAGUUAUAUUAUAUAGUUAGAUAUAUAUAAACUAUAAAGUAUAUUAAAUCUCAUGUAUAAAUAUAUAAUAAAAUGUACUGGUAAUUGGUACAUACUUUAGACACCCACACGAAAUAGGUAGUUAUACAGCAAUAUUAUCAUAUACCUAUAAACUAGUCUAAUUGUGAUAUUAACACAUUUUUUUAUUUUAGUUGGGGCUUGUUUUAGUUGUACUUUAUGUCUACUACAUGAUUUUAGCAAAUUCGUACAUUGCCAUUUUAAACUUCUCUAAAAAAUUAAUUUUAUACAAUUUGAAAUCUCUGACCUCUAUAUCUCCUUUUUGAAUACACCUCAGUUCUUAGUGUUCUUACAUAUAAUGGUUAUUGAUUAUAUUACCUACUCAUAGGUAGGUAACUUAAGAAUAAAGUAGAUACCUUCUAUCUAUUUGUUAUUAAUAUUAUUUUCUUAUUGCUAAUUGCUAUUUGUAUUGUGUUUUUAUACUAUCCCAUUUAAUUUAUAUUUAUAUGUUAUACUGUUGAAGAACAUUAAUUGGGUUACACUUUAAAGAUUAUUGCAUUUAUAUUGAGGAAACACAAUUUAAUAUCAUUAGUUUGAUGUCUAAGUGAAUAAAACUAAAUUGGAAUUACUCUAUAGGUACUAGGUAGUUACUUAAAGUAAAUAAAUUUAAGUUUUAAGCUGAUUUCACAAGUACCUAUUUGUUUUUUUAUCGAGUUAUCAAAAACAUUGGAUAUUAAUUUUAUAAUGUGUUUUUAA